GGCGGUGCAAAGGAAAGGAAAAGACAGGAGGAGGGGGGACAUUCAGCCAGUGUCCCGGAAUAAGCAGGACCACGGUACAGUUUGUCUCCUUUUUUCACCCAUUUUUUUUGUUUUUCCUUUUUUUAUUAUUUAACGUGAAACGAGUUUCUCUGCAACCUUGAACAAAAAAAAAAAAAAAGAGCCGCAUUUUAACCGAAACGACUGGAAACUCCCGAACUAACUGCAGACAAACUAAAGAGACGUUUAGUUUCUGGACGAAUAAUGGGAUUUAAGGAACAUAACUGCCAACAGUGAGUUUGAGAUUAAAAGAAAAAGCGUUGGAUAAAGACUAGAACUCUGCGUUUCCUCUGGGUCUUCUAGUGGGGAAAAAAAGAGGCAACAGCCGCCGGAGAAAGAUGGCAUUUAGAGGAGAAGAAAAGUAGCGUUAGCUCCGGAGCUAAGCUAGCACCGCUAAGCCUCCUUUCAUUCCCGGAGCAGAGGAGGGGCGCUGGGGGCUGUAGCACUGCGGACCUGCCGUUGCGUUUACGGACUCACUGGAAGAAUGGGAAAACCCAAACCCGUGCUUCGGUACCAGCUAACAGGACACUGCUGAACCCUCAAAAGAAAGGAACCGACUUUGAUAAUAGAGUGUUUCCCAGAGGAGAAGAGCUGCAGGAAUCCACCGGCCUGGGGGCAGCCUCGGACUAGCCUACCCGCUUUCUUCUGCACCUCGGAUGGGAAAUAGGGCUUAAAAUGGGGGAAUCGCUUACAUCUCACCCACCGUAUGGAUACUGGAUCUGUACUGGGAGAUCAUGAAAGGCUCGGUUUUAAACGCAGCGUGUCCUCAGCAUAAACUUUGAUUAUUUUCAACACAUCCUCAAGGUGAGGGAACUUCUCUCCAGGCCCAACCUGCGCUAACCAACAGCACCGGAAGGCAUUUCCUCCCUGUUUUAUUUUUUUAUUCGCCAUCUGAUUGCCUUUUUCGAAGCUAACAGGCCUGAUUAAUCAUGUCGGGAGAGGUGCGUUUGAAGAAGCUGGAGAAGCUGGUCCUGGAUGGGCCAGCUCAGUCUAAUGGCCAGUGUAUGAGUGUGGAAACCCUGCUGGAUAUACUGGUGUGCCUGUACGAUGAGUGCAACAACUCCCCCAUUAGAAGGGAGAAGAAUAUCCUGGAGUUUCUGGACUGGGCCAAACCUUUCACUUCCAAAGUGAAGCAGAUGCGUCUGCACAAGGAAGACUUUGAGAUCCUGAAGGUCAUUGGAAGAGGAGCCUUCGGAGAGGUGGCGGUGGUAAAAGUGAAAAACACAGACAAGGUUUUCGCCAUGAAGAUCCUGAACAAGUGGGAAAUGCUGAAGCGAGCAGAGACGGCGUGUUUUCGAGAGGAGCGAGACGUCUUGGUGAACGGAGACAGCCAGUGGAUCACCACCCUGCACUAUGCCUUCCAGGACGACAAUAAUCUGUACCUGGUCAUGGACUACUACGUGGGUGGCGACCUGCUGACUCUGCUGAGCAAGUUUGAGGACCGGCUGCCUGAAGAAAUGGCCAAGUUCUACCUUGCUGAGAUGGUGCUGGCCAUCGACUCCGUUCAUCAGCUCCAUUAUGUCCACAGGGACAUUAAGCCUGACAACAUUCUGCUGGAUAUGAACGGCCACAUCCGCCUGGCUGACUUUGGCUCCUGCCUUAAACUCAUGGAGGAUGGGACGGUCCAGUCCUCAGUGGCAGUGGGAACUCCAGAUUACAUUUCCCCAGAGAUCCUCCAGGCCAUGGAGGACGGCAAAGGCAAGUACGGCCCCGAGUGCGACUGGUGGUCCCUGGGCGUCUGCAUGUAUGAAAUGCUGUACGGGGAGACCCCUUUCUAUGCAGAAUCCCUGGUGGAAACCUACGGGAAAAUCAUGAACCACAAGCAGGAGCGCUUCCAGUUCCCACAGCAGAUUACAGACGUGUCAGAAGAUGCUAAAGAUCUGAUUCGCCGGCUCAUUUGCAGUCGGGAGCACAGGCUGGGUCAGAAUGGCAUCGAGGACUUCAAACAGCACCCGUUUUUCACUGGCAUCGACUGGGACAACAUUCGUACCUGUGAGGCCCCCUACAACCCAGAAGUCAGCAGUCCUACAGAUACCUCUAACUUUGAUGUGGAUGAUGACUGUCUAAAGAACUCGGAGACGAUGCCUCCUCCCUCUCACACUGCCUUCUCUGGACACCACCUGCCGUUUGUGGGUUUCACCUAUACAAGUAAAAGUUCCCUAUCAGACCGGGGUUGCCUCCGACAGCUGGCAGGAGAGCCUGGUAAAGCAGGCCAGGACCAGUUGGACCUGGAUGUCCAACGCCGGCUGGAGGACAGCCUGGCCACCGAGGCGUACGAGAGGAGGAUACGUCGCUUGGAGCAGGAAAAACUAGAGCUGAGUCGCAAACUGCAAGAGUCGACUCAGGCUGUUCAGGCUCUGCAGCACGCGACAGGAGAGGGACCAGUCAGCUCCAACAAGGAGGUGGAGAUCAGGAGUCUCAGGAGUGAAAUCGACAUCCUGAAGAAGCAGAUCGCCGACUCGGGCCAACUGGAGAAGCAGCUGGAGGACGUGGCGUCGGCGCGGCGGGACUUGGAGGACUCGUCAAAACAUGUCAAGAGUCUGGAGAAGCAGAUGAAAAGCCUCACACAGGAGAGGGAUGACUUGCAGAAGGGCCUUCUGGAGGCCAGUGAGAAGCUGAAGUCUCAGUCUAAAGAGCUGAAGGACGCCCACAGCCAGAGAAAGCUGGCCAUGCAGGAGUUCUCCGAGCUCAACGAGAAGCUGACAGAGUUCAGGUCUGCAAAGCAGCGCCUCAUUCGACAGCUGCGUGACAAGGAGGAGGAGAUGGAGAGCCAGAACCAGAAGGUGGAGGCUCUCCGCCUUGAGGUGCGAAAGGCUGAGAGGGCCAAGAAGGAGAUGGAGGUUCAGGUUGAGGAGCAGACUUGUGAGGCUCAGAAAGAGAAGAAGCUCAGAGAGCGCAACGAGCAGUACAGCCGUCAGCUGGAGGAGGAACUGGAAGGCCUUAAGGUGAAGCAGGUGGGCUCUCCCGCUGCCACCACAUCGGCCGACCAGUCCCAGGAGGUGGGGCGGCUGCGAGCGGAGAUGGAGAAGAAAACGCUGCUGUUUGAGGAGGAGCUGGCGCGUCGAGAGGCGCAGCAUAGCAACGAGCUGAAGGCGCUCCGCAAAGAGCUGAGAGACGCCGAAAGUCAACAGCUCAACCUGCAGAAGGAGGUCCUGAUGCUGAAAGACAAACUAGACAAGAUCCGGCGGGAAAGCCAAAACGAGCGUGAAGAGUUUGAGACGGAGUACAAGCAGAAGUAUGAGCGUGAAAGAGUCCUGCUCACUGAGGAGAAUAAGAAGCUGUCCACUGAAUUAGACAAGUUGACCAGUAUGUUCGAGAACAUGAGCAGCUCCAACCAGAAGCUGGAGGAGGAGAUGAGGGAGCUGGCUGAUAAAAAGGAGAGCGUGGCCCACUGGGAGGCCCAGAUCACUGAGAUCAUCCAGUGGGUGAGCGAUGAGAAAGACGCUCGAGGCUACCUGCAGGCUCUGGCCACUAAGAUGACUGAGGAGCUGGAGAGUCUGAGGAACACCAGCCUUGGAGCCAGAGCCACGGACAUGCCAUGGAAGAUGCGUCGCUUCGCCAAGCUGGACAUGUCGGCGCGCCUGGAGCUGCAGUCGGCGCUGGACACAGAGAUCAAAGCCAAGCAGAGCAUUCAGGACGAGCUGAACAAGGUCAAGGCCGACAGCAUCUCCACUGAAUGUAAACUGAAGGAGGUGGAGAGUAAAAACCAGGAUCUGCUGGCUGAGAUCGAGCGGCUGAGGAAGGAGACGGAGGAGCUGCGGCUGCGAAGGGGUGUCAAGCACCAGGAUUCCCAGAAUUCCUUCUUGGCUUUUCUCAACGCGCCCACCUCGGCCCUCGACCAGUUCGAUCGCUCGCCGUCCGUCGGCCCGCCUAAAAGCAGACGUGUUGACUCCAUAGAUAACUUCACUCCCUCCAACACUCCAUCUCGGGAAGAUGACCCCAAGUCCCUCCUGAAGAGCCAUUCCCGUUCGCCGUCCAUGGCGAGCGACAUGGAGCCCAUAGAGCUGAUAGACCACCCAGGCCGGACGGUUCAGACCCCCACCAUGCGUUCAGGAGGAUACGGCAGCAUCGGGGGCUCCUCGCCGAAGCCCAAAGCGCAUCAGUUUGUUGUCAAGUCUUUCAACACGCCUACAAAGUGCAACCAGUGCACCUCCCUCAUGGUGGGGCUAAUCCGCCAGGGCUGCACAUGUGAGGUGUGUAACUUUUCCUGCCACGUCACGUGUGCGGACAAAGCUCCAGCUGUGUGUCCCGUACCCCAGGAUCAGACCAAGGGGCCGCUGGGUAUCGACCCUCAGAGGGGUAUCGGUACCGCCUACGAGGGUUACGUUAGGGUUCCUAAGCCUACCGGGGUGAAGAAGGGCUGGCAGAGAGCCAUGGCCGUGGUUUGUGACUUCAAACUGUUCCUGUAUGAACUGGGAGAAGGGAAGGCCACCCAGCCCAGCGUGGUGGUCAGUCAGGUCCUGGACAUGAGAGACGAGGAGUUCUCAGUCAGCUCUGUUCUGGAGUCGGACGUUAUCCACGCCAGCCGCAAGGACAUACCCUGUAUAUUCAGGGUGACGGCGUCCCAGCUGUCCCCCUCCAGCAGCCACAAGGCGUCCAUCCUGAUCCUGGCCGACAGCGACCAGGAGAGGAACAAGUGGGUGUGUCUGCUCAACGAGCUGCACCGCAUCCUCAAGAAGAACAAGCUGAAGGAGCGCUUCGUCUACGUCCCCAAGGAGGCGUACGACUGCACGCUGCCGCUCAUCAAGACCACGCAGUCCGCCGCCAUCAUCGAUCAUGAGCGCGUCGCCCUUGGCAACGAGGAGGGCCUGUUUGUCAUCCAUGUCACCAAAGAUGAGAUAAUCCGUGUGGGCGACAACAAGAAGGUCUACCAGAUCGACCUGAUCCCCCAGGAGCAGCUGCUGGCCGUCAUCUCGGGCCGCAACCGCCACGUCCGUCUCUUCCCCACGCAGGCGCUGGACGGCCGCGAGACAGAGUCCAACAAGCUGGCCGAGACGAAGAACUGUCAGAGCGUGGUGUCGGGCCCGGUGCGGAACGGCGCCCUCACCUGCCUCUGCGUGGCCAUGAAGAGUAAGAUCAUCUGCUACGAGGUGAAUAAAGGGAAGUCCCGUCACCGUGUGCUGAGGGAGCUGCAGGCCCCGGGGCCCGUCCAGUGGAUGGGCCUGCUCAGCGAGCGUCUCUAUGUGGGCUAUCAGUCCGGCUUCAUACGCUACAGCGUCCAUGGGGACAUGUCCCCGGUCAGCCUGCUGCACCCAGAGGACCACACCCUGGCCUUCAUCCCGCAGCAGGGCCUGAGCGCCCUGUGCGCCGUGGAGAUCUCCAGCAAAGAGCUGCUGCUGUGCUUCAGCUCCAUCGGGGUGUACGUGGACUCGCAGGGACGCAGAUCCCGCCAGCAGGAGCUGAUGUGGCCCGCUCCUCCCAGCGCCGCCUGCUACAACGCGCCCUACCUGUCGGUGUACAGCGAGAACGCCGUGGACGUGUUUGAUGUGAACACCAUGGAGUGGAUCCAGACCAUUCCUCUGAAGAAGGUGCGACCUCUGAAUGUUGACGGAUCUUUGAACCUGCUAGGGCUGGAAACGGUUCGCCUCAUCUACUUUAGAAACAAGAUGGCCGAGGGCGAUGAGCUGGUUGUCCCGGAGACGUCGGACAACAGCAGGAAGCAGAUGGUGCGCAGCAUGAACAACAAGAGGCGCUUCUCUUUCCGGAUCCCGGAGGAGGAGCGCCUCCAGCAGAGGAGAGAGAUGCUGCGAGAUCCAGAGAUGAGGAACAAGCUGAUCUCCAACCCCACCAACUUCAACCACGUGGCCCACAUGGGACCAGGAGACGGGAUCCAGAUCCUGAAGGACCUCCCCAUGAACGUCCGUGUUCAGGAGAGCCGGGCGGGAUUCAGCGGCUCCGUCAGCAUCCCCUCCAUCACAAAGAACCGGGGUGAGCCGGGCCGCUCCAUGAGCGCCAGCAGCGGGCUGGGUAUACGGUCGUCGUCUCAGAACGGCAGCGCUCUGCGCAGGGAGCUGUCAGGAGGAAGCUACGGAUCCAAACGCCAGACCAUGACCUCCCCCUCCGAGAGCUCCCUGUCCUCCGGGGGAGGGAUGGACUGCGGCGACGCUCCGCUCUCCCAGUUCGACAGAGAGUGGCAGGCGGUCUCGCCAUCGGAGAAGACCCCCGAUCUGAAAAGGGCUUUAAGGACCCUGCUUAGUAAGAUGAAGGUAAUGCUGCCACGACCGCACCAAACACACCAAUGUGAGAGAGAGCACCGUGCCGCUGAACACGCAGAUCACACACACAGACACACGCGUGUGACUUCACUGGGAACAUGCCGCCUCCCCGCCCUCUUCUCUCUCUGCACCGUCUCAGACCCGCCUCCUCAGCUGCGGCUGAUGUUUGUCAUCAGCUGCAUCAGUCACUCUGAGUCACCAGGCUGUGAUCUUCGGUGCGAUGCCGCCUCUCAUUGCUGAAUCACGGCGCAUGCCUGCCUCCAUGCUGCCCCCUGUUGGCCCACUCAUGUUUUUAACUCAGCCUCCAUCAUUAUCUGCCAAGUGUUUUACUGACUGAUCCAGUGUGAAUCGGAUGGAAGUAAGUGUGUACCGGGCCGGUUGGAAGUGAGGCUGCAUGAUUUACGUCAACUCUGCACGUUUUGUUGGUGCACAUUAAAAAGUGUGAAGUCCAGCUGUUGGAGCUUUUUCUCUCCAGAUACUCGAGAGCACCGCGCUGUUUUGUCAUCACAGAUUUUUUUUCACGAUUAAACCAGACCUAAGCAGAGGGAUCACAGUCUGCAGCAUCACUGACCCAAAGCGAUGACCAGCACACGCUAACUCUAGGACUGGAGAGAGAAUCACAGAACGCAGCACUCACAGUCUGCAGAGGCAGAGCUGCUCCUGGUGGGACUGUGCGUGAUGCGUUUGGGUGUGAAAUGAAACCGUCCGGUUCUCCCACGUCGGCCCAGCCUGCAUGUUUGUUUGUCCUCAGCUGAUCCAUGUGGGGUCGGUUGAGCUGUUGAUUUGCCGGUGCGCUCGCUGUGCUGCACCGUCUGCAGAUCAAUGAACGCUGUGAAGUAGAAACAGUACAGUGCCUUGGGAAUCACUGUUUUCAACCCCCUCAGUAAAUACUUUGUAGUUUCAGAGCUUCUGGGUUCAUUUUUUCAUUUAAAUUCAGAGAUCAGACUUUGACUAGGCCAUUCCACCACCUGCAUGCUUGGACUAAAGCAGUCCCCUGUAGAUGGAGCUGAAUGUUAGGGGUGAAGCUCUGCCCCGGUUUGA